GAGGACAACUACACAUCAACAAUUAGGAAGACUGGCAGAAAUCUACAGUUUAAAGAGGUCUUUUUACAAAAGGAAGUGGUGAGUUGGACCACUUGUAACUUCCCCUUCGCAAAAAAAAGUCGACAGAAUGCUGAUGAACCACACAAACCAAACGGAGGACGACCUCUUCUCCUGCUACAGUCCCUCAGUUGUAGGCUACCGGUACUUUGCUGUGCUGUGGGGAUGUGCGGUGACCAUCACUGGUACGGUGGGGAACCUGAUGACCAUUCUAGCCUUCGCCUUAGACCCACGUCUGAGGACUCGCUUCAAUGUGCUAAUCGUCAACCUGGCUGUAGCUGAUCUCCUGUACUGCACCAUACUGCAGCCCAUCUCAGUCGACUCCUAUCUACACCUCAGAUGGCGCAGUGGUCAGCUCUGGUGCAGAAUCUUCGGCCUGCUCCUCUUCCUGUCCAACUCUGUCUCCAUUAUUACCCUCUGCCUGGUGGCAGUGAGCAGAUAUCUGUUGGUUGCAAAACGAACUGUGUUUGAUCGUGUCUUCUCUGACCGUGGUCUAACUUUACUCCUGGUCUCAGCGUGGGCUCUGGGCCUGGUCACUUUUGGCCCACUCUGGCCUGUUUACGUGUUCGUGCCACAGGUGUGCACAUGCAGCUUCCAUCGUACCAGGGGUCGCCCCUACACCACCAUCCUGCUCUUUUUCUACUUCUUUGUCGGGCUGGGCUGUGUUGGCGCAUUCUACCUGCUCAUUUACAGACGCGUCCAGAUUGCCUCACAGGCUCUGCUUCGCUACAGGCUCAGCCGCCGGUCAUCCAGGAAGAAACCGGCUUCUUCAGCACAAGGGACAGAUGAUAGUGGAGUAGAGAGUGGCAUGGCCAACACGUGUAGCUGUGAGAUGAGCAGCCAGGCGGAUAUAACCCAAAAUAAGGAUGAGAUCACCUCCAUAAAGCCACCCCCAUCUACCCAGGGUACUGCCACAGCCUUAAAUUCAUCAACAGCCAACAAGUCUCCACCUGAAAUUGUCCGUGCACCACUUGUAUCCACACCUGCACCCACCACUGAAGCAUCUUCAUCCCACUCAGCAACUUCAGGAGAUGAUGGUGAAUUUAAGCGAGUGACUCGUAUGUGCUUCACUGUUUUUCUGUGUUUCGUCUUUUGCUUUGUCCCGUUCCUGUUGCUCAACAUAGCCGACAAACAUAACCGUGCCCCACAGGUACUGCACAUGCUCUGUGCAAACCUCACCUGGCUCAACAGCUGUAUCAACCCUGUGCUCUAUGCUGUCAUGAACAGACAAUUUCGACAGGCCUACCAUGUGCUGCUCACCAGGGCUGCUGCACCUUUCACCUAUCUCUGGACGCAGUGGAAGGCUCUGAGAUCCUGAUUUCCAUGAACUUGAACUUGCCUGAUGUAAACCCAGUAUGAUGCUGUGUUGUUCUACUCAAAUAUAAGACGACUUAAAUUCAGCCACUAUGAACUUUUAAGUUAUUUUUGUGUGAUUUAUUAAGUAGAGAAAGAGAGAGAGAGAAGGAAGUCUUAGCUCUCAUAAAGUGAACCAAAACACAAGCUUGAUUUAAAAGAUCAGUGUUAGAUGUGAUUUAUGUUGCAUUACCAACAUUUCAGAAAUGUUUAACUCCUUUGUUGUUUGCUUUUACAGUGUGUUGUUUACGUAUAGCGUUUAUGUAUAGCAUUACAUAACAUGUUUAUCUCAUGUAUGUAAUAAAUUCUAU